CAGGCACAACACCCUUGCCCUUGUCUCUUUGUCGGCUGCAACGACGGGGAACCGACUGCUGUAACAGGCAACACUGUUCGUCAUCUUCCUGGCGGGAAGUUGUGUUUUGUGAAAUACGCAGCAGAGGAGAAAAUGGCACAUAAGACGACGGAGGCCGUUUCUGAUGAAGAAAUGGAUGAAGAGGAAGGAGGAACUCGUAUCGGCGACAUUUAUGUUCCCCCACCACCGCCAGCAUCCUGUACAUUCGACCCCACCGGACCCAGGUUGAUGAUCAAAAGUAUCGAGAAUUACAACUUCAAGUCCUAUGCGGGAAAGAGGGUCUUGGGUCCCUUCCACAAGAAUUUCACAGCCAUCGUGGGACCAAAUGGCAGUGGGAAGUCCAACGUGAUUGACUCAAUGCUGUUUGUGUUUGGGUACAGAGCUCAAAAGAUCCGUUCAAAGAAAGUUGGGGUGCUCAUUCAUAACAGUACCAACCACACAAACAUCGAUAGCUGCACCGUUCGUGUAUACUUCCAGAAGAUAAUUGAUCAGGAUGGAGACCGCUAUGAAGUUGUCCCAGGAUCAGAGUUUGUGGUUGGACGUACAGCACAUAAAGACAACACUUCCUACUACACUGUCAACGGGAAAAGAUGUACAUACAAGGAGGCUGCAAGGCUGCUGCGGUCAUUUGGCAUUGACCUGGACCAUAAUCGUUUUCUCAUCCUCCAGGGUGAAGUGGAGCAGAUUGCCCUCAUGAAGCCCAAAGGGCAGACUGAGCACGAUCAGGGCAUGUUGGAGUUCCUGGAGGACAUAAUUGGGAGUUCCCGUUACAAGGAGCCCAUCGAUUUGCUGAACAAGCGUGUGGAAGAGCUUACGGAAGAAAGAACUGAUAAGCUGAACCGAGUCAAGCUGGUAGAAAAGGACAUGGAAGAACUCAAAGGGGCCAGGGAUGAGGCUGUGGAGUUCCUGAAGUUGGAGAACGCUAUUACAGUCAUUGAUAAUAAGCACUAUCAGUUGUACAGAGAGAAGGAAAGAAAAGCUGAGGCUAAGGCUGCAGAGGACGUUGAAGCAGCUCGUCAAGCUGUUCAGGGCAUACAAGAAGAACUGGAAGCUCAGAAGAGCUCGAAGAAAGAACAAGAAGCUGAGUUCAACAAAGUCUGCAAGGAGUGUGAGAAUAAAGAGAAGCAAGUAGAGGAGAAGAAAGAGCAGUAUGCUGAACUUGAACGCAAAGACCUGCAGUGCAGGGAGACAAUAAAACAUUCAAAGUCCAGGGGCAAACAGCUGGAAGCCUCACUCCAGGCAGAAAAAACCAAGAUGGAGGAACUGAAAAAGCAAUGCACAAAGCUUGAGAAGGACAUAGAAAACUUUUCUGCCAAGCGGGAGAAAUUAAACGCUGAUAAGGCAGAAGGAGAAAAACGGCUUGCAGAGGUGAUGGAGUCCCUGAAAACUGAAACCGUGGGCCUUCAAGAAGAAAAGGCUGUUCAUGAAGAAGAGCUAUUAAAAAUGCAGAAGGGGGUUGAUGAACACAAGUCAAAGUAUGACAUUGCUCAAGCGGAACUAGACCUGUACGUCAGCACAGAGCGAAGAGAAACGACGCGGUUGCAGGAAAUCAAAGACAAUCUCGAUUCAGCAACAUCAAGCUUGAAUGAGAAAUCAAGUGCGCUGUCUCGACUGGAAAAACUCGUCCCUCAGCAAGAGAAGCAGUUGAAACAACUAGGGCAGGAACUGGAACAAAAAAUUGGGGAACAAAACCAGUUGGAAGAACAGCUGCGAAAUGAUAGGCUCAAGGUCGAAGGUUUACGCUCUGCUCAACAAGCAAGCAGGUCUCGUAACCGUGUGCUCGACUCGCUGCUGCAGGAGAAGCAAUCCGGUCGAAUUCCUGGCAUCAUUAACCGCUUGGGUGAUUUGGGUGCAAUCGAUGAGAAGUAUGAUGUGGCAAUUUCGACAGCAUGUGGCCAGCUGGAUUACAUUGUGACUGACACGGUGCUCACGGCGCAGCGUUGUGUAGAACACCUCAAGAGGCACGACAUUGGCACUGCCAACUUCAUAGCCCUUGAAAAGAUGAGUUGCUGGAUUCCACAUACGACGAGAAAGAUCAAGACACCCGAGAAUGUGCCUCGCCUCUUCGACCUCGUUGCCGUCCGUGAUGAGAGCAUCCUGCCUGCUUUCUAUUUUGCACUGCGGGACACUCUAGUGGCCGAUGACUUGGACCAGGCAACUCGGAUCGGUCUUCAGGGCCGCACACGAUACCGUGUCGUAACACUCAACGGAGAGCUCGUUGACGUCUCAGGCACAAUGAGUGGUGGUGGUGGGCGUGUCUCCAAGGGCAGGAUGGGUCGUGCUGUUGUAGAAGACACUGCAUCUCCAGAAGAGGUUGAAGCCCUCGCUCAAGCCGUGAAGAACCUGGAGGGACGAAUUACUGACCUGCGUGGCAGCAGGAGUGUACUCGAGGGCAAGAUUUCCAGCCAACGGAAGGAAGUUACCGCUUCCAAGCACUCGCUGCAGAAGUUCCAACUGGAAGUCAAGGGGCUGCAAAGCCAACAGUGUUCCUUAUCAAAACAACUAGCCGAACAAGAGGAACGCGUGCAUCGAGCUGCUCCAGACUCUAACCGGCUGACCACUUUAAAGGAGAGUGUCACUGAAUACAAAAAAGUUUAUGACAAAACACUUUCUGGAUGGAAGAAAGUCGAGAAGAAAGUGCAAGACUUGCAUUCCAAAAUUAUGGAGAUUACUGAAAGUCGUAUGGGAAACGUGCAGCAAAAUUUAGACAGUAUUACCAACCAACUAGAUGCAACGUCCAUGCAAAUAACACGGGCAACAACGGGUAUCAAAACUGCUGAAAGAAACCUAAAAAAGAGUGCAGAGAAGGUGACGUCCCUAGAAACAGAAACUGUUGAACUGAAGGAAAAACUGGAGGCAGCAAAACGAGAAUACGAACAAAUGGCUGACAUCGGUAAAGGCUAUCAGGCAGAAUUAGAUGCACUGAAUCAAGAGUUGAAGGCAUUAAAGCAGAAGCUAAGUCAGGUACACACAGAGGUGGAUAAAGGAAAGACAGCCGAGAAUGCUCUUAACUCGAGGCACAUUGAGCUGAAAAACAACCUGGAACAAAAAGAACUCCACCUGAAGGAGCGUCAGGCAAAGGUUCACAGCUGCCAACACCAAAUUGAAAAGCUAAAGUGUCACAAGAUCGACGAAGAGGCACCCGUAGAGCUACCCCAGUACACUGCUGAGGAACUCGAAGAAUUCAAUGAAAAGGACUUAACUGUUGAGAAGGCUACCCUAGAGGGAAAGCGGGAUAACAUUAAGCCCAAUAUGGCAGCCAUCUCGGAGUUCCGCAGAAAGGAAGCCACAUACAAAGAGCGUGUAGCAGAGCUCGAGAGCGUCACGCAGAAGAGAGAUGAACAGCGGAAACACCACGAAGAUCUCCGCAAGCAACGACUCAACGAAUUCAUGACAGGAUUUGGCAUCAUUACUACGAAGUUGAAGGAAAUGUAUCAAAUGAUCACCCUCGGAGGGGAUGCCGAACUGGAAUUAGUUGACUCGCUUGACCCCUUUUCAGAAGGCAUCGUAUUCAGCGUGCGACCUCCCAAAAAGUCUUGGAAGAAUAUCUCCAACCUCUCCGGUGGGGAGAAGACCCUAAGUUCACUGGCUCUGGUCUUUGCACUGCAUUACUAUAAGCCAACACCUUUCUACGUCAUGGACGAGAUCGAUGCAGCAUUAGAUUUCAAAAAUGUCUCCAUAGUCGGACAUUAUAUCAAGGAGAGGACACGGAAUGCCCAGUUCAUAAUCAUUUCGCUGCGGAAUAACAUGUUCGAACUUGCUGACCGCCUGGUUGGCAUCUUCAAGACUUACAACUGUACAGACUCGGUCACCAUCAACCCUAAGGUUAUGAUCAGUCCUGAACCGUUGGACAAGGCAGACUGCCUCAGCAUGCAGUCAGCUGGAGAUGCCACGGAUGCUGGAGUGCCAGCGUCUAAUGCUACCCCGGACCCCAAGCAGCCAUUACCUACACCAGCAGAGGAUCAAAGCAUGGAUGAGGCGGUUGAAAAAUAGCCAUUUAUCACAUAUUUAUAUGCUUCUGUGUGUUUUUUGCUUAUGAAGUGUUGGAUUCGGUGAACAGUUCGGUGAAUUGCACAGUGGAAAAUUAACCCUGAACAAUGUCUGUUGCGUACAGCAAAGGGCAACUGCCAUAGCCAUCCACCGUAAUGCUGAAUUGUCACAUUCACUACGCCACGCUGCUUGUUAUGAUGGAGUCACAUCAAGAGAAGUCUAAGUACCUACAAGUUUGGUGAUACAAUUAUAAUGUUGACGUUUGGGUUAUUGGAAGCAUUCUGUGCAGAAGAAAAAUGCUGGGAAGACAGAGACAAUGCCGGGCAAAAAGGACAGACGCAUGCGCUGAACCACACUUUUAUGGAAUGCUGCCAACCAGCCCAGAUUUCAACGUUACAUCACCUAAUUUCUACCUCGGAUCUGUCUUUUGUUUUUUCUGACUCCAUCAUCACGACCAACGUGGUUCAGUGCAUGUGAUUGUCUUUUUGUUUGCCGUUGUCUUUGUGUUUACCUAGCACUGUAUGUAUUUAACACUUUAAUGUCAAAACAUGCUGAUAUGUGUGAUGUUGCUGUUGAGAGAACAGCAUGUUGGUAUUGCAGAGGGGUUCUCUGUUCCUUUGAGUUGUGGCUUGUGUGUUAAAGCAGUCUAGGUUUUAUUAUGUUAGCAACUUUAGCAGUAAAAUAACAGUGGUACGUUUUGCCAGUUUUAACAGCAUGAUAAUUGUUAGUAUGUCCUGGUAAGGGUUAGGACCGUUUCACACUACAUAUUUGUUACUACAGCAUUGCAUAGAACUGCAUUCCAGAAUGUGGUACACUCCUCCUCAGAAUGUGACCUACAAAUUUAGACAGUCUAAUUCUUCCAAUGAUUUUUGAAGUUGUAUAUUGUACUUAACUUGCUUGAUUUAUCACGUGUCAUAGCAUUAAAGGUGUUUCAGUAGCUCUGUCAAAAACGUUUGAUCAACGUUUUUCUAUGGGCAACUUUUGCUGCUUACUGCAAGUAGUUUUAUGAAAUUUUGAUUGAAAGAAAUUCAAUUUCUUCAGUUGAACUCCAGAAUUUCCCAAGUCAAUCUAACGUUCUUUUUGCCAGAAACAGAAAAUGCAUGUGGUAUUUACUGCAGUGGCACUUCCCUACUAUAAUGCCAAUAGCGCACCAAUUUUUUUUUCCAGCUAUCAUUGCAGCAGGGAAUGUAAUUUUGUAAUGAAGGGGGAUAAGUCCAACAUGUGGUUUCCGUUUCUGGCAUAGAAUAUUACGUUCACUUGGUAAAUUUCUGAGGUCGGUUCAAGAAAUUAAAUUUCUUUCUAUUAAAAUUUGAUAAUGUUACUCGUUCCCAAUAGUUGCCUACAGAUAAGUGUUAUUGAUUGCAUAUUUUGCAAAUUUUGACAUGGUUACUGAAACACCCUGUAUAUGCAGAGUGUGUUCCAUCAGUGUUAAUAUCACCCGCUUGGUUUAUCGCUUACAUGACAGCAUUAUUCUUUGUAUGUACAUAAGCAAGGUGUGUGACACACACCCUGAGGUUGCACCAAACAACUUUAUUUUGCUGGUGAUUAAGGUUCUUCAAGUGCUGCAUGCCUGUGAAUAGAAAUCGGCAGCACACAUGGCGCAAAUUGUACAAAACCAGAAUUUAGGAAAAUUAGUGCUAUUUGUGAAAGUUUAAUUAAACCCAUUGUUAAAAUGUGCCUUGUGACUUUGAAAUAUCACUAACAUGUUCUGAAUAGUUAAUGGAACUGUGAAGUAGCUUUCGACAUUUUGCAUUAAAUGUUGUGAGCCGUGAAAAGUUUGUUCUCAUUGUACGUAUUGCCCAAGUGUGGGCUGUGUUACCCAAUUGUAAAUAGAAAUCUUUCCAGUCAUUUGCGAAAAUAUUUUUCAUUUUUACCUUUACCCUUUACUACAUUACUUUUACUUUUUAUUGCAUUACUUUUACUUUUAGUGCCUUUACUCUCACUUUUUCCCUUGCAUCGUUCUAUACAUAUUUGAGUUGUGUAAAUUAAACGAGUUUCUUUGAGUCUACUGGACUUUUCGUUAUUUUACCCAGAUGCCUAGAUUCUGGCUUUUUAAGCACCGUGCCGCGAACAUUGGAAAUAAAGGGCUUCCUGCUUGA